ACACGUGUGUUCUGUUUCUCUUCUCUUUUUUCCAUGUUGCCUGGCGGUGCCUCGCUGGAGUUCCCAUGAGCCCCGGUCCCACUUGUGACCAAGUGAGGUGCCAAAAACAGAGGUAUCUCCUAAACAGGCUUGUGCUGAGUGCUGUCCUCGUCUUGGGGAUUGGGGACUCCAGCCCCAGAAGUAGCAGGCAUUUGGGGAUGUCCAAGGUUCCGCAGUGAACGUGUCCUGUUCCUGGUAAAGGUGUGGGCGUUCCUGGACACGAAGGUAUCUAUCUUCAUGCCUUGCCCAUGUGCCCAGUCCCCCACCAGAUGCUGUUUGCCUUUUGGACCCCUGAUUUGCUGCACUGCUGCGCCCUGAUCCUUGCAGAGGGCCACUCAUUGGUCACCGGCAGCGCCGUCCCGCCCUCGCCAGCCUGUGAUUGGUCAGCGGCAGUGCCGUCCCGCCCUCAUGUGUCUCUCAUUGGUGAUCGACAGCACCGUCCCGCUCUAUCAGCGUCUCAUUGGUCAUCGGCAGCGCCGUCCCGCCCCCGCCAGCCUUUCACUGGUAAUCGGUAACGCCGUCCCACCUUCAUGUGCCUCUCAUUGGUCAUCGGCAGCGCUGUCCCGCCCUCGCCAGUCUAUCAUUGGUCAUCGACAGCUCCAUCCCGCCUCCGCCAGCAUCUCAUUGGACAGCAGCAGCCUUUUCCCCGCCUUUUCCCCGCCUUUUCCCCGCCUUUCUCUUCACCUUCCCCCGGCCCCUUUUCCCCUUUCCUUUUCCUUCUUCUCAUGUCCUGUUUUUUCCUUCCAGGUCUCCUUUUUACUCUCCCUUCCCCCCUUUUAUCUCCCUGUUUUUUGCCCAUUUUUCCCCCUCUUCUCCUCUCUCCUUUUCUCCUCCUCAUCUGCUUUUCUUUUUCCUCCCUUUCUCAUUCUUCUUUUCCCCUUUCCCCUCUUGUCUUCCUUUCCCUUUUGCCCCCUUUACUCUCCUCCGCCCCCUUCUUCUUCUUUUUGCCCCCAUCCCCACUUCCCCUUUCACCCCCUUUACCCCUUUUCCUCCCCAUCUCCCUUUUCUCCCCGUCCCCCUUUCUUGUUUUCCUUUUCCUCUUUUUCUCCCCCUUCCUUUCCCCCCCCCCCCGCCUCGGCCCCAUUCCUUUUUCCUUCCCCAUCAUCCCCUUUUCUUCCAAAGCCCAUUCCAUUCGCAGUGCGAUAGCGGCUCCUGCGAGCAGCCGAGCCCCAAGCAGCAGCGCUGCGUCUUGGCUCCCCCAUUGCCCGCUGCUGAGCUCUUCCUGCCCUGGCUCCUCAUUGGCUGAGUGCUGCAGCUUCCCCUUUUUGGCGACGCUUCACCACUCGCACAAACAGCCAGCAGACGCACAUCUUUGCUGCACAAACACACACAGGCCUUCAUUGCUUCAUUGCUUUCUCACCACUGCUCUCUUAACCAACGUGCGGUCGGAACUUGCGGCUCUCAGGUUUUCAGCAUCAACACAGACACAGCCUCUGAAUUGCUUCAUUACCCCCUGCCAUUCGUGACCUUCCCGCUGCUCGUCGUUCUGCUCAUCCGGCCGUCC